CCACAGUAAGCGAAAGUUUAGUACGGAUGGCUGAGACUGAAAACGUAGAGACAAAACUUAAUUUUUCACAAGACGAGUUGAUCUUGUGCUUUCACGGUCCUUUACUCUACGAAGCCAAGAUCCUUAAAGCCGAAAACUGGGGCCCCGAUGAUUCAGAAUCUGGGGAAACUGGGCCGCAUUAUUUUGUUCAUUAUAAAGGGUGGAAAAAAACGUGGGAUGAGUGGGUUCCAGAAGAGAGAGUUAAUACACCUUCUCAGGAACCUUUACGAUUAAUUCAAGCUCGUACAAAUAAUUUUGUGCAAAAUCGUCAAAAGAUUGCUAAUAGAGGUCAGCAGAAAAGCUCUUCUCCUGAGCAGCCCGAUAGUCCUAAUUCAGACGAAAGCUCCAUUAAGCAAGAGGAUGAAGAAAUGCUAGACAUUAAAGAUGAACAUUUAGAACCAGAUAGUGAUGUUCAAGAAAACCAAAACCAGCAACGCACAAAAAAACAUGCUAAUGUUUAUUUACGUGGUCUUUUUAAGGAAGAAGAAUUUAUGAAUCGCCUUGAAAUUAAAAUCUCCCUACCUGAAUCACUCAAAUGCAGAUUAAUAGACGAUUGGGAAAAUAUUACAAGAAAUCAUGCAUUAUUAAAACUACCUCGGUCACCAACUGUCUCAGAAAUUUUAAAGCAAUACCUGGAAUACAAAUGUUCAUCCUCAAUAAAAUCCGAAAAGAGCGAUAUCUAUACGGAAGUUGCACAUGGGCUUCAAGUUUAUUUCGAGAAAACUUUGGGGAACAUUCUUUUAUAUGGUUACGAGCGACAACAAUAUGUUGAUAUUCGUAAACAAUUCCUAGAAAAAGAGAACGCAGAAAUUUAUGGAGCGGAGCAUUUGCUGAGGCUCUUUGUCGAAUUACCGCGUUUACUUGUUCACACACAUAUGGAUCAAACAACUACCGAGACUCUUGAAGAGCAUUUGGCUGAUUUCUUAAAAUUUUUACAGAAGAAUGAAGACCAAUAUUUUGUCACUGAAUAUGAGCGUCAUGGAGAUUUUAUUCAGGUUAAUGGAAAGCAAACCGAUGAAAUAGGUGGAUCUGCGGUAAUUGCAAAACUUCAAACACCCCAGGAUGGCGGGCAGGAGAGACUCCGGACCAAAAACUUUGUAACGGUUCCUUGUGGUCUAUAUUAUGCUAAAUAUAAAUCGCAUCGACCUUCGAAUCUUUGGAACAAUCACCGAGGCAAUAAAGCGCCAUAA